AUGGCGGACGACACUGCCUACGCUCCCAAGUCGCCAGACCUCUCUUCCUUUUAUUCGGCAGCACCCGCCCCGCCUACACCUCCACAGCACAAUCUGCAGCACCAGCAGCAGCACCUGGACCUGAGCAAACUGCAAACUUCAGGACCUGCGCCGCCGGUAUAUGAAUACUCCUCGUCCCCGUCGCGCGCCUACCAACCUCACCAGCCGACUUCUACUCCUGUACACAUCAAACACGAGCAGCCCCACUACCCGUCCUCUACGGCUUUCAAGUCCGAAUAUUCCUCUUAUCAGCCACCCGUGCAGCAAAUCCACCCGCACCACCAGCACCACCACCAACCGCACCAGCAGUACCUGUCGCCGCAGUACAACCACCAGCCGCCGCAGCCACCACCACAGCAACAGCAGCAGCAGCCUUCUCCGCAGCAACCCCCACCAAGCCCAUAUGGGCAGCAACCCAUCAAAUAUCAAGAUCAGCAUCAACUCCAAUAUCAACCACCAACACCCCAGAGCCACCAAUACGUAGAGAAAAAACAGUACGGCACAACGCCCAAUCUCUACGACAUUCCGUACAACCCAAAUUCCGACAAUCAAGCUUUGCCCCAGACACCAGGUUCUGCCACCAUGCCUCCAAGGAAGAACACACAGUCGGCUCCCUCGCCGCCGCCAGUCGAGCCCUCUCCAGUUCGGACUAAGUUCCCCACUGCCAGGAUAAAGCGCAUCAUGCAGGCCGAUGAGGAAGUCGGCAAGGUGGCUCAACAAACACCCAUCGCCGUUGGCAAGGCCCUGGAGCUAUUUAUGAUUGCAGUUGUCAGUAAGAGCGCAGAGAUCGCCAAGGAGAAGAACUCCAAGCGUGUAACGGCACAGAUGUUGAAGCAAGUCAUCGAAAGAGACGGCCAAUAUGAUUUCUUGGCCGAUAUUGCCCUCAAGGUCGGCGACGAAGAGAAGAGGGGUGGCCGCUCCAAGGCUGACACAGAGAGUGAGGAGGAAAUGGAGGUUGAGACGAAGAAGAAGGGCAAAGGUGGUCGCAAGAAGAAGGCCACGUGA